CAAGUUUAUGAGCAUUGACUUUUCAGUGUGGUUCUUCAACUGAACUGACUGAAGACAUGACUGCCAGCAAACUUACGUUUUUCAUCUUCAUCACCCUUCUGGGUUCAGUCAAAGCACGAUCUGCUGAUAUGAGGAAUGUCCAGAUGGAUACUGAUAAGACUGAGACUGGAGACAUGUGUCAGGACUGCAUUCAGAUUUUUGAAAUUACGAUGGACUUACUAUCAAAUAAAGACUUCCAGGAAAGAAUCACUGAUACAGUGGAGUACCUCUGUGAUAAGAUACCUCAACAAAUGAGGGAAAGCUGCCAUGCUCAGGUGCAAAAAGUGAUUCCUAUGGCCAUUGGCUUUCUUACCGGUGUAAUGAAACCCGAGCAAAUUUGUAAAUUACUUGAGCUGUGUGAUGGUCGUGACAAUGGCAGGAUAAAAGAGCUGUUGCUCGAUCACAUCGCAAAAACUCUAACAAUGCCAACUGUGAAGCGCCAGACGUCUAUUCAGUGCACUGUGUGCAAAUUUAUCGUAAACAAACUCGAGGAAAUGCUUCCUAAAGAGAGGACUGAGCAAGCCAUAAUGUCCCUGCUUGAGCAUUUGUGCAGCGAGUUUCCAGCUGCGAUUCAGUCACAGUGCAACAAGAUCGUUGAAAAAUACGCCAAAGCAUUGAUCGAAAUGCUGUUGAACGAAACCUCUCCUGACCUGAUAUGCAAGCUGCUGUUUCUUUGUGGAAUAAUAGAAGGACCUAUAACAGACGAUCCUGUGCGUUCAGACUGUGAUUCUUGUCUUACCCUGGCGGUUUUGACCCGUAUGCAUCUGGGCUCAAAUGCCACCGAGCUCCAGACUGCUUCUUUCCUUGACUACGUGUGUCAGAUGCAUCCCAAUGCCAUGCCAAAGUGCAAGACCUACACGCAGCGUUAUGGAAAGCAACUUGGCGUGUUUCUGAGCCAAGAACAGGAAGCACUCGACGUAUGCAAGAAAGCAAAUAUGUGUGUCAUUGGAGACAGUGAGACGGUUACUCAUGGUGACCCCUGUACUCUGGGUAUAAGCUACCGCUGCAAGGACCUGCAGACUGCUAUAGACUGUGGGGCAGUUUCCUUUUGUCAGAAGAAUGUGUGGGCAUAAAUCCAUUUCCGCAUACCUAUGGUAAAUUGGAAGAGUUAAAGCUGAGAUUUUCAAACAGAUGUGAAGCUUUAACAGCCUUUCUGCAUAUGUUGAAGCUUUGGUGCUGGACCAAGAUGCUACUGAAUUCUCCUCCUUUGCUUUUUUCCUUGUUAUAUUGCUUUUCUAGUAGAAAAUAAGAGUCACAUGUUAUGGUGGGCUUGGAUAGUAUCUUUAGCAAAUAAGAUAAAGCAGAACUAACUUUAUAUAUUAAUGCUUUUUAACGAUUUAUAUUUUAACAAAAAGGCUUAGUAUUGCUUAAACAGCAUUAUUGAUUUCAUGAUAUAUUAUCAGUUUUUAGUGCUAUGCAUAAGCUUGCAAAGAGGUCAAUGGAAAGUCAGAGUUCAUAUUACAUUAAAAUUAGACAUCGCUGCGUGAUGGAGGACGUUCAUUACAUCCUACCUUCUCAAAAAAAUGGUUUUGCAAUAAUAACAGUAACGGUAUCACUUAAAGUAUUUGUCCAAAAUUGUGGUUACCAUGGUAUAUUUUAGUAUGUAUAAAUCAUUACAGGGCAGUUUCCUGGACGAACCCCAGCCUAAAAUGCAUGUUUGAACUGCCAUAACAAAAAAAAAAACAGCUUGCAUGGACACAUCUUAAUAAGUGUUUUGUCUUAAGAUGCACACCAGUAUUGUUUUUUGUAAGGUUUGUUUGGGAAACCACCCAUAUAUGUAUAUCUAUUUUGUAGUUUGGCAUCAAGCGUCAUUGAUAAAUGGUUUAAUAUGUAAUUUGAUUGAAUAUUUUCCCAACAUGUUGAAGUUAUUAUUACAAUCCUUUUUUUUUUCAAGAAAUAUUGAUCAAAUGUUUAUCUUUCCCUACUUGUGUACAUGUAAGGUGCAAAUAAAAACCUUUGACCUCCUAA